AUGCUCUUCACCAAGGCAGUUUCCGGCCUCGCGGCCCUCGCCAGCAUCGUCGCCGCCCACCCGGGCCACGAUGUCGCCCAGGAGGCCGCUGAGCGCCGCGAGUACCUCCAGUCCGUCAAGCGGACCUCGCUCGCCCACUGCGCCGACAAGCUGAAGGCCCGCGGCACCAGCGCCCGCAACGUCGCCAGACGCCAGGCCGCCGUCGAGAAGGCCCGCCAGAAGCGCGGCCUCAAGAAGCGCGACUUCGACGACGUCCUGGCCACCAACCACAACAAGACCGACCUCGGCUACACCCGCGACACCGACGCCGCCACGCUCUUUGCCGGCUACAAGUCGUGCCUCCUGACCCCCGAGGUGACCCAGGGCCCGUACUACGUCGCCGGCGAGUACGUCCGCGAGGACGUGGUUGAAGACCAGGCCGGCGUGCCCCUCCUCAUGGACUACCAAGUGAUCGACGUGGAGAGCUGCGAGCCGAUCCCGGAGGUGUACCUGGAGAUCUGGCACUGCAACUCGACGGGGGUGUACGGCGGGGUGGUGGCGAACGGCAACGGCGACACCUCGGACGCGUCCAACAUCGACAACACGUGGCUGCGCGGGAUCCAAGCGACCGACGGCGACGGCGUGGCGCAGUUCGAGUCCAUCUUCCCGGGCCACUACGUAGGCCGCACGGCGCACAUCCACGUCAUGGUGCACACCAACGCGACGCUGCAGGCCAACGAGACGCUCGGGCUCGACAACUACGCCAGCCACGUCGGGCAGACCUUCUUCGACCAGACGCUCAUCACGGCGGUCGAGAAGACGGAGCCGUACGCCAGCAACACGCAGCCGUUGACGACCAACGAGGAGGACGGCAUCAUGGCGCAGGAGGCUGGCACCGAGGGCGUCGACCCCAUCAUGGAGUACACGCUGCUCGGCGACAGCAUCGAGGACGGCCUGUUUGCGUGGAUCGCCUUUGGUAUUGACUCGUCCCGCUCCGAGGCCAUCAACCCGGCCGUGUAUCUGCAGGAAGGCGGUGGUGUUGUCAACCCGGAUGCGGGCUUCGGUGGGCCUGGCGGUCCUGGUGGUGCCCCGACUGGCUCGGCGCCGCCGGCUGAGAGCGCUAUCACCGCGCCUGAGACGGGCCGCGGUCGUGGUAUCGGGCGCGACGCCGAGGAGUGA